AUGGGAAUUGAUUUCAUGGGCCCAUUUCCUUCUUCCUUCAAUAAUCAGUACAAUCUGGUAGCAGUGGAUUAUGUGUCUAAAUGGGUUGAAGUUACUGCAACUCAGACUAAUGACUCUCGGAUGGUGAUGAGAUUUGUGAAGAAAAAUAUUUUUUCAAGAUUUGGUGUGCUGAGAGCUAUUAUUAGUGAUGAAGGCUCCCAUUUUUGUAAUCGGUCAUUUGAGGCUUUGUUGAAGAAAUAUGGGGUUACUCAUAAGGUGGCACUUGCCUAUCAUCCCCAAACAAAUGGGCAAGUGGAACUUGCAAAUAGGGAAUUGAAGCAAAUUUUGGAGAAAAUUGUGAGCAGUUCAAGAAAGGAUUGGGCGAAUAAGUUAGAUGAUGCACAUUGCCCCUAUAGGACAGCUUUCAAGACACCUUUGGGUAUGUCUCCUUACAGACUUGUCUUUGGAAAGUCUUGUCACUUACCAGUGGAAUUGGAACAUAGGGCCUAUUGGGCAAUCAAGGAGUUGAACAUGGACUUGAAAGCUGCGGGAGAAAAAAAAUUGUUACAGUUGAGUGAGUUUGAGGAGUUUAGGUUGGAUGCUUAUAAAAAUACUCGGAUUUACAAGGAAAAGAUAAAGCAUUGGCAUGAUAAACAUUUUCAGAUUAGAAACUUCGAAAUUGGGCAGCAAGUAUUACUCUUCAACUCAAGACUUAAGUUAUUUCCAGGCAAGCUUCAUUCUAGGCGGUCUGGCCCAUUCACGAUAACGAAAGUGUAUCCAUAUGGUGCUGUUGAGGUGCGUAGUGAGGUCACUGGUGCAUUUAAGGUUAAUGGGCAGUGUUUGAAGCCUUAUCUUUCUAGUAAUGCGGUUCCUAAAGGAGUGAUUUACUCUUUGAAGAAUCCUACCUAUGGUUGA